GGAUGCUCUAAACUGCAGUUUAAGCUCGUGCAACUAUUGUACUUCACUGACGGCGCCGCCGGUCUAGGUUUCCGGCGAAUGAGGGAGUGUUAUUUUCUUCAAUCCGUCGAUCUUUGAUACAAAUUAUGCAAAGCUCUGAAUUUUAAUCUCUUGUGUUUUGAAAUCCCUAGCUGACAAUGGCGUUAUUAUUCCGUUUAUCUCGAUCUUCUCGUAAUCUUCAACCCCUUCAUCAUCAUCUCUCACUCGCACUUUCUCAAUCCAUUAAUCCUCAUCUAACAAACUCACCACCUCCCAAACCUAGUUCAAACCACUAUUACUAUGACAAUUUUUCCGAUUCCAACAGGCGGAAUCACGAAUUGUACAUUCCCAGUUUCGAUGAUUCCAAGUUCAAUUACUUUCAUUUGAUCAGAUUAGGUCAGAGUUCUGGCAUUUCUACGUCUUCACAUAGUUUAAGGGAUGAAGAAAAGGAAAAACGUGACGAGAGUAACAAUUUGGAGUUGAAGAACAAGGGUUCCGUUUCUUGGAUUGAUUUGUAUUUGCCUGAAAAGAUACGGCCGUAUGCACAUCUUGCUCGGCUGGAUAAGCCUAUUGGGACUUGGUUACUUGCUUGGCCAUGUAUGUGGUCAAUCACGUUAGCAGCAUCCCCUGGACACCUUCCUGAUUUGAAGAUGUUGACACUAUUUGGUUGCGGAGCCUUUCUAUUAAGGGGUGCAGGAUGUACUAUCAAUGAUCUACUUGACCGGGAUAUUGAUACAAAGGUGGAACGAACGAGGUCCAGACCAGUUGCAAGCGGUGCCUUGACCCCAUUUCAGGGGGUUGGCUUUCUUGGUUUGCAAUUGCUUUUGGGUCUUGGCAUCCUUCUCCAGCUUAACAACUAUAGCCGCAUAUUGGGGGCUUCUUCGUUGCUACUCGUCUUUUCGUAUCCCCUUAUGAAAAGGAUUACGUUUUGGCCUCAAGCCUAUCUUGGUUUAACUUUCAACUGGGGAGCCUUAUUGGGAUGGUCUGCCAUUAGAGGAAGCCUUGAUCCUGCUGUUGUGUUGCCGCUUUAUCUUUCUGGAGUAUGUUGGACACUUGUUUACGAUACAAUAUAUGCCCAUCAGGAUAAAGAAGAUGAUAAGAUAGUGGGAGUUAAGUCUACGGCCUUGAGAUUCGGGGAUUCCACAAAGAAGUGGGUCAGCGGAUUUGGAAUCGCUUGCAUUAGUGGUCUUGCGCUCAGCGGCUUCAAUGCAAAUAUCGGAUGGCCGUAUUAUGUGUUUUUAGCAGGAGCAUCCGGGCAGUUAGCGUGGCAAAUUUGGACGGUAGACAUAUCUUCUGGAGCUGAUUGCAGUAGAAAAUUUGUGUCGAACAAGUGGUUUGGAGCUAUUGUGUUUGGUGGCAUUCUAAUAGGCAGAUUAUCGUCAUAAUCGGAAGUUCUUCGUUAUUGGGAUUCUUGUGAGUACGAUAUAUUUGAGCCCAUUAGAAAUUUUUGAAAAUGUGUAUCGUAUAUAUGCUUUUUUGUUCAAAAAAUGUCCAUGGACUUAUUUGCUCAGAAUUUGAAAGUCCAUUGAGUUUUUGACGAUUUUUCCCAUUAUUAUAGGUCUUAAUGAUGUAUUUAUCAUGUUUCAAAAAGUCUAAAAGGGUGUUUGGUUUGAUGGAAUUGUUUUGAUGGAUUUGGAUUUCGUGAAAAGAUUUGGA